AUGACCAACGCCCUCAGCGAGUACUAUGAAAAUAUUGUUGACCAAGUGAUGGCCACCUUGACGGAAGAAAUCACGCUAUCUGCACCACGGUCGUAUAUAACGUCACUUCGUUCAUUUGUGCACGAUCUUCGAGACCAUCUCAAUCUCAUGCGAGCUAACUUACUUGCCUCCAUUCGGCCACUGGUUGAAUCGAACUUACCAAGCGUGUUACCGUAUACACAGCAACAGCAGCAACAGCAGCAGCAAGAUAUCGCCGUUAUAGGUGCACGGUUGACAGAGGACAUCCUUUCGUUGAAUCGGCACAUUGUGCUACAACUGGGUCUUAUACUGAACGUCGAAGAAGCAGCAGAUAUCAUCAUUAGCCAGUCGAUGCCUACACGAGUCCUGCUGUUAGAAGACGCUACACACCUUCAGGCGCUUGCUUGGUUGGAGACAUUACGGCGCGAGUCGGAGGAAGAACAGCAGCGUCCUGAAUCCAGGGCACUCACACACUGGUUACGCUCCUGGCUAUCCGAAGUUGAAGAGAUCCUGCGUGUCCAGUUCGACGAGCGUGUUCAAGAUGCGACCCAGUCGAUUCUCGAGGAUUUUCUCAUUGAUGAUUCGUACUAA